AGCCCGGGGAUCUAAACCCAUACCCACUGGGGUCUAAACACAUACCCACUGGGGUCUAAACACAUACCCACUGGGGUCUAAACACAUACCCACUGGGGUCUAAACACAUACCCACUGGGGUCUAAACACAUACCCACUGGGGUCUAAACACAUACCCACUGGGGUCUAAACCCAUACCCACUGGGAUCUAAACACAUCCCCAUGGGAUCUAAACACAUACCCACUGGGGUCUAAACCCAUACCCACUGGGGUCUAAACACAUACCCACUGGGAUCUAAACACAUACCCACUGGGAUCUAAACACAUACCCACUGUAAGACAAACACACAGCCCUGGGAUCUAAACCCAUACCCACUGGAGCAGAGAACUGCCUGGAGGGAUGUGUGUUUGUGAUCUCUGGUGUGUUGGAGAGUAUGGAACGUGAGGAUGCGAAGUCUCUGAUAGAGCGCAACGGAGGGAAGGUGACCGGUAACAUCAGUAAGAGGACGACAUACCUGGUGAUGGGCAGAGAUGGAGGAGCCGCCAAGACUGAGAAGGCGGAGGGGUUUGGAACUAAGAUCCUGGAUGAGGAUGGUCUGUUGGAGCUCAUCAGAAGUACACCAGGGAAGAAGUCCAAGUACUUGAUUGCU